GGGCCUUUAGCACAAGAGAGCUCUUUCGCAUGUGCCCGUGGGCUCACCUGUUUGUGCUUCACUGUAUGAGAACCAUAUGCUGGUGUAAUGCCUCAUGUUCCGGUCGCGGCGAGCUAGCUUAGUACAGCGGCUCUGGAGGCUUCGCUGCGCAACACCCGGCCCAGACGACAGCCACGGGGCCCUGAAACCGGCUGCUCAUGCCCUCUUCAAGAAGCUAAAGGACACCGAAUUGGAGCUGCUGCUGCGGGCAGUAGAGAGCAGAGGAGCAGGCGAGUCUGGGUGUGUCUGGGUGGAGCUGCGAGGGUCCAAACCAGGCCUACCCGCCUCACUGCUCCUGUGCCGCCUCUACCGCUGGCCAGACUUGCGCCACUCGCACGAACUCAAGCGCUUGAGCUGCUGCAGGAGCCCCGGGGGUGAAGGCACCGUCCACUGCUGCAACCCGCACCAUCUCAGCCGGCUCACCACCCCCGAGACUCCUCCACCUCCGUACUGCAAGGCCUCCCCCUUUGCCAUCCCCUCGAAGUGCCCCAAUAACUUGGACAACAAGCGUAAAGUCUGGCAAGACACCAGCCUCUCCCAGCACUCCCUUAAAGAUGCAUACUGGUGCAAGCUGGCCUACUGGGAGUACCGGCUGCGGGUGGGAAGGCUCUAUCCUGUGCACGAAGACUUUGUUAACAUCUUCUCAGAGCUUCCAGCCGGAAAUGGUUUCUGUGUGGCUCAGCUGGCAUCCAGAAACCGCAGCCAAGCUGUCCAGCGUGCUCAGCGCAAGAUUGGGCUAGGCCUGGUGCUCAGCCGGGAAGCGGGCAACGUCUGGGCCUACAACCGCAGUGACCACCCCGUGUUUAUCAGCUCUCCCACCCUGAGUCCGCCUGGCAGCCCUGGUCUGGCGGUUCACAAGAUUCUUCCAGGUUACUCCAUCAAGGCCUUUGACUACGAGCGUGCGAACAGCCUGGCGGGGUGGCAAGACCUGAGCGACGGGCCAUGCGAUACCCACACUGUCCGGAUCAGCUUCACCAAAGGUUGGGGCCCGAGCUACUCCCGCCGGUUCAUCACCUCUUGCCCUUGCUGGCUGGAAGUCCUGUUGAACACACACGGAUGAAGAAGUGGGCAGUGAAGCUAGGAAAGGGUGAAAAGGCUGGGUAUGGUGCCCCGCUCUCUGAGUUCAGGGGAUCUUUGGCCAGCCCAGUAUCUUUUGGAGGAAAAAAAGCAUUCGGGAGCCUUAACAAGUAUCUGUUUCUUUUAUAAAUAUACAGGUUGAGAAGGUAGAGUAGGUGUGAGAAAACAUUAGUAGUUAGUUGUAGAGGCAAGGGUGCGUUACACCAGGAUCCAGUGUGCUCAGGUGACACCAGACGACUUUUGCACAGAGGCUAUGUGUGCAAAUCAGGCGCAUGCUUUUCAAACUGGUGUAAUGGUCAUGUAUCCCGUUCAAGGAUGACUUGGGACUGAAAAUGAUCCCAAGAUUUCUUCCUGUAGAACGUUCAUUAACAAACCUGGACUUCCCAGCCACAUUGUAGAGUCGCCAGCUCCAGACUGGGAGAUUCCUGGAGAUUUGAGGGUUGGAGUCUGGAGAGGGCAGAGUUUGGGGAGGGGAGGGACCUCAACGUGGUAUAAUACCGUAGAAUCCACCUUCCAAAACUGCCAGUUUUUCCCAGGGGAACUGAUCUCUAUAGUCUGGAGAUCAGUUGUAAUUUCAGGAGAACUCCAGCUACCGCUCGGAGGUUGGCAACCCUAGUUAAGUUAAACUGAUUUCAAACUGGUUCGGCGCUUCACUAGGAGGAAAACAGCUAGGGGGUUUAAAUUUAGGGCAAAAAAAGGCUAAGGGGCAACAUGUCUGAGGUUUAUAACGUUACAAACAAAGCAGAGGAAGUCAAGUGAUGCGUCAUCAUAUCAAGUCCUCCAAUGAAGCUGGCUGGCAAAACCCCCCACAAAGCAUGCUUCUACGUAUGGCACAUAGGUAAUUCAUGGGAUCCAGCACCAGAACGUGCAGGGUGGGCCACGGGCAUAAAAUGGAUUUAUUCCAGACUAGAGAAAAUCACUUGCAAUGUCUAUUGACAAUUAUAAUUAAAGGGACCUCCAUGUAUACAAGCAGUAUAGUAUCAUAUAUAGUAUCGUAGUAUCCCGAUAGUCAGGAAAAGGUGGUUGCUAGGGUUGCCAAUUCUGGCUUGGGAAAUUCCUGGAGAUUUGAGGGCAGUGCUUGGGAAAGGUGGAGUUUAGAGAGGGGAGGGAGCUCAGCGGGGGACAUGAUGCCAUAAAAGUCCGCCCUCCAAAAAGGAAGAUCAGUUGCAAUUCCGAGAGAACUCCAGGCCUGACCUGGAGGCUGGCAAGUCUAGUGGAUGCCUUUUGAACCAGACCUAGACGGCUCCUCUCUCUGAUCCAGGAAGGAACUUUUGAUGUGGAAGAUUGAGGAAAGAAACAGGGCAGAAGCUUAACUAGAUUGGCAGGAAAAGCAGGAGAGAAAAAGUUAGGGGCCGUAGCAAAUGUUUUAGGCAAGAAGGUAGCCCCCAGGGCAAUGUCGGGUGAAUGUAGCCUUUUGAAUCUAUAGGUUUUAAGUUCACAGCUGGCUGGGAAUUCUUUCUUUUCUUCUCUUUUUGCUAUUAGUACUAAAUAUUGAUGUGUAGUGUGCUCAGCGCUACACGGAGCAGUGACCUUGUUUUUAUCCAGAGGAGCUGCAAUCUAACUGGAAGGGGAGCAAUAAAUGAGACAGUGGGCAAAGGGAAGUGGCCAAACUGGGAAAGGAAGGCCAAAUUGGGCAUGAUGGGAAAGGGGGUCUUCAAGAGGCGAGAGCAGGGUUGCCAGCUGGCCUGGAGAAACAUGUCCUGUUCCUUGAACAGAGGCUUAGUGUGUAAAACUGGGUAGCUGAAACUUUGCAGGGCAUAGAAAUAAGUAACAUCUAUAAGAGGCGAGCCGUGUUGCAGACGACUCACCUCUUAUCCUGUGUUGCAGACGACUCACCUCUUAGUGCAGGUGCGCUAGCAUGACCCUAGCAGGGAUAAAAGGUGGGUCACUCUCUGGCAGAGCUCCCCACCUCCAGCGUCCUGAUCCGGCCCCAAUGGGGCCGAAAUGGGUGGCUGCUGGGUACAGGAGGAGCACACCAGGGCACCUGCCCCCCCAUCUGGGCACUGGGGAGGGGCAAUGCCAGGUCCAGACGCCCUGCCCCCCCAACCAGAUCGAGGCGCGGCAGAGGUGGCAAUGCCUGGCACGCUUGCCCUGCCCUUUCUAGAGCCCGUUGUAUUUUUUCCACACAACGAGCUUUGUUAUUAGUCCCUUCAUAAAUAUUAUGCUGUUAAAGGGGCAGGACAUUUUUCCCAGGUCUGUUGAGGAGAGACAACAUGAAAUGAUGGUGGGGGGAGCUGUGCUGGUUGUAGGGAUCAGAACGUGACAUGGAGGGAAGGAGAGGGAGUAGGUUGACAGGUAUGGCGCAAUCAGAGGGGUCUUCUAACAGGAGCAAUGAAAGAUCACCAACUCAGGAGAUCAUUUUUAGAGUCACAGAUUUUUACUAGCUAGAAGAGAUGAGGAAGAAGAUGGAAAUGACGCUGCUGGGCAAGGAAUGCAGCCAAGAUGGGUCACCCGAGAUGCUCUGGGCAGAUGUCGGUGAUCACUGCAAAAACAUUUUUAAAAACCACUUCUGUCCCUAAACAUCACAUCAGAGAACAAUGGCUGUUCCAGAGCUUGGGGGGAAAGUUUGGGGCCAGUAGAAGUUGGGGUGGGGGGACACCUCACUUGUAACUACGUUCAAGAUUAAACUGCAGAAAAACAAUAUAUU